UGAAGGCGUGCUUGCCUGUCUAGUUAAAUAUGCAAGUGUAUGAUUACAUAGCCUACUCUAAGGUAGGUACGGAGAUGAGAAAAAGGGAAGGUUCAGCGAUGUUUUCACAGGUGUAGAACAGCUGUAAUUGAGUCUCUUGCCGUUUGUACGGCGGUGAGUGGGACUUGGAGACAACGUUCUUUCGCCGCUAUCACGAAGGAAGAGAAUAGCCUCGACUCCUACCGCUGCGCAGAAGGAAUUCUGCUUCCACACUGCGGAUGCGGCAUUCCUUUUGCUCUUGUGUAGCACUGACCUAUGCAAUCUAACGGAUUUUUGUUUUCAUCUUCAAAUAACUUGUUUGAUUUUCAAGGAGGUAACUUCUGAAGGUGUAUCCCAGGACAAGAAACUAGAAAGUGGGAGGAGCGCCUGGGUAACCCUUCGCUAAUUAUGAACCGGUUCAGAAAGUGGUUGUACAAGCCGAAGGAGAGCCUGGGCCAGUGUCCAUGUAUUUCAGAGCAGCCGUUCAUGGCCCCCAAUUGAAGUUCUUCUUGACCCGCCACCUGGAAUGGCCACAGCUCCAAGAGGGUAAUAUCCUGUCACCUGAUUCCUCCAACUCUUCCAGGAGGCGCUCAGACCCACAACUCCUGGCUCAAUUCUACUAUGCUGACGAGGAGCUGAACCAGGUGGCAUCCGAGUUGGACAGCCUAGAUGGCCGGAAGGACCCCCAGCGAUGCACCUUGCUGGUCAACCAGUUCCGCUCCUGCCAGGACAAUGUGCUGAGCAUUAUUAACCAUAUAAUGGAUGAAUGUAUACCAGAAGACCGAGCCAACAGGGACUUCUGUGUGAAAUUUCCAGAGGAGGUCCGUCAUGACAACCUGGCAGGACAGCUGUGGUUUGGGGCAGAGUGCCUGGCUGCCGGCUCCAUCAUCAUGAACCGAGAAGUGGAGAGUAUUGCUAUGCGCCCACUGGCCAAAGACCUAACACGCAGCCUGGAGGAAGUGCGCACUCUCACCCGAGACCAGGCACUCCGCGACCUCAACAUCUACAGUGACCGCAUGUGCCAGGCUCUGCGCCAUUUCGACAGCCUAUUUGCUGAGUUUGAGCUCAGCUAUGUGUCAGCCAUGGUGCCAGUGAAAUCCCCCAGGGACUAUUAUGUGCAGCAGGAGGUGAUUGUACUCUUUUGUGAGACAGUGGAGAGGGCACUAAAGCUGGGCUACCUCACACAAGACAUGAUGGAUGAUUAUGAGCCAGCUCUAAUGUUCACCAUUCCCAGGCUUGCUAUUGUAUGUGGUCUAGUGGUAUACUCAGAAGGCCCCAUCAACCUGGACCGUAAGCCUGAGGAUAUGUCUGAGCUUUUUCGACCCUUUCGCACCUUACUGAAGAAGAUCAGGGACCUGCUGCAGACUCUUACAGAAGAAGAACUGCAGACACUGGAGCGCAGUCUCUGCGUGUCCCAGGACGAGGAGGAGGAAGUGGCAUCCCCUGUUAUCCCCUCUGCCCCAGCCUUUAGCCCCUCAAUCACUGAGCUUCCCCAGUAUCAGGAGCAGGAGGAGAUGGAGCCCACUUGUAGCUCUGCCCACCUUGGGGAGGGGAAAGAGGGCUGGCUGAAUGCGGUGCUAGAGGAGAACCUGGCCUGCUCCAUGCAGUACGAUGAGGAAGAGCUGGAGCAGCUCAACCUCAUGGUGCACCGUGCGGGGGACCAAAUGUCUAGCCUGUUGUCGCCUGCACACCACAGCGUGGCCUCGCCCCACCGGGUACCCCCCCAGGAGGAAGAGGAUGGGGAAGAUGAUCAGGUGUUCUUCAUGGAGGACCUGGGGAGGAUGGGAGAGGGCACAGGUGAAUCUGAGAGGCUGCAGGGCUGCAAUUUGGAGUUUGAGGUCCCUAGACCUACCCCUUUCCAGAACAGCUGGUCCCAAUACUGCGUGGUAGAGGCGGCCCUUCAACGCAGCAAGAAUCACCGCUGCACUGAUAGCAAGGCCUCUGUGCCAGAUCCCACAGAGACCCCUGCUAGUAUGAGUGGCUGGGAGGCAGGCACGGAUGAGGUGGAGACGGCAGAGCUGAUUGCCCACCGCACUGGUGGCAUGAAGCUUUCUGCAACUGUCAUCUUCAACCCCUGCUCCCCUGUGCCUGCUGACCCGCCGCAGGGUGUUGAGCCCUGCCCCACCAAGAUAGGUGGCUUGGUCGCCACACACAGCCUGCUCCAUUCCUGUGUUUGCUGUGGCAGCUGUGAGGACUCUGUUGACUCUGCCCAUGACAAGGCUGCACCUUUCCCACCCCGCCCAGUCACCCAGGCCUCUGACUGCCUGACCUCUGGGAAUGACCUGCCUGGGAAGGAAGGCAGUUCUGCCCACACACCGUGGACAGGGAAGGCCCCUCCUUGCUGUGAAAAGUGCCUGACCCUGCGCUCUGGGUCCCCAGAGAUUGGGGACCUGGGGUCUUGCAACCACCUGAGGCAGACUGACAGCCAGAGACAGGCCACUAGGGGACUUCAGGACAUCAGGAUUGGGCCUGGAAGGGAAGAGCAAGAGAAUGCCAUCAUUAAUACUAGGUCCCUAUCCAAUCCAGUUUGCAGCCUGACCACCACCUCCGGGAUCUCGGACCAGGAUGACCACCAGUUCCAGCUAGCCCUACAAGAUAGCAAGACGGCUGCACAUGACAAGAUCCGCUCCCGCUUCCACAGCAGCAGUGACCUGAUCCACCGACUCUUUGUCUGCAUCUCAGGUGUUGCUGACCAACUGCAGACCAACUAUGCCAGUGACCUCCGCAGCAUCCUGAAGACACUGUUUGAAGUCAUGGCAACCAAGCCUGAGAUGGAGGACCAGCAGAAACAGAAGAAAGGUCCAGGCCUGUGUUGUGCGGUUCUGGAGGACUGUGCCUUGUGCCAAGAGACUGUCACCUCCUCAGAACUGGCAGCCAAAGCCCGGGAGGGUCAAUUUGAAGAUCUCCCAGACUGGGUCCCUGAUGAAGCCUGUAGUUUUUGUACUGGCUGCAAGGCCCCCUUCACUGUUAUUCGUAGGAAACACCACUGCCGGAGCUGUGGCAAGAUUUUCUGCUCUCGGUGCUCCUCCCACUCUGCACCACUGCCUCGCUAUGGCCAAGUGAAGCCUGUGCGUGUGUGCACACACUGCUACAUGUUCCAUGUCACACCUUUCUACAGUGACAGGACCGGCAUUUGACCCUACAAGCCUUCACAUGUGCAGCAUGGACUGCAGGAUAGACCUCUCCUACCAGAAACUGCUCCAUUUAUCCACAAUUUUCCAUGGAAACUUGAGCACCUUCCUGUACUGCACGACUCACAGCCCCUGAAAUUCCCCAGCACUCCUUCCUUUAACUGCUACUAGGUGCCUCCAUUAAAAAGCAUAACAACCACUGAUAAACUAGGCAUUACACUGGGUGUGGAUGAUAUCUUCUUUAAUAAACAAACUGCAAUGUAGAAUACAUUAAAGCAAC